CACUUAAAUCCAAUCUGCAAUUGUUCGUUUUAUCGUUACAAAAUUUUUGAUCUGCGUGUUAUUUGAUUCAAACACUAUAACCGCAACAAUCUUUCUAUUCAAGUUUUUUUUGUCAUUUUUCAAAACAACUUCUGUUACAACACAAGGGAAGAAAUUGAUUCUGAGGGGCCAUUUUGAUUUAUUUUUCAUUUUCAUUCAGUUGAAGUUUGAUAGUGAUCUUGAAAAAUUUGACAAUUUCUUCUCAAAUUUACAAAAAAUUCAAUACUGAUGAAGAAUUUCGGUCCAAUGAAGGUUUUAUUGGCUGUCCUUGUCGUGACAUUUUGCGUCCAGGAAGUCAUCAUGUCUGCCUCACUGUUACAAGAUGCUGGUAGAUCUGGGUCCGAUGAGUCAGGACAAGGCGGUGGCUGCAUGUGGCUACGAGGGAGGGGCAACUGUUGUCACGUUCGACAACCCAGGUGAUGAUCAAACGCUGCGGGAUCAUUUCUGGACGAAAUAUGAGAACGAGAUUAAUACAAGCCCGGCGUACCUGAAGGCGAGUGGCUUUUGGACAGGCUUCGUGCGCUUUUUCGGCAAUAAACUCAACCCUUUCUUGAACAUGUACACCGGGGACCCAAUGAACGUGAACUUGUUCAAACCUGAACAGCCAGAUGACCGAGUUUUGGGCACGAAAGAAGAGGAAGCUUGUGUGAGUCGGGAAGAAUACGGCAAUAAGGUUGACUUCAUACGGGGAAGGGAUGCCGGCGUUACUGGUUUGGAUGACUACACUUGUGGUUUCCCCAAUUGGGUCAUCUGCAUGCAGCGCAAUAUUUACAUGCUAAAUAUGCACGCUUGGAACUCUGCUUUGAUGUAUGGAGUGAAGAUGCCUAAAGACGGGACCUGUCAGCUGGAUUGGACAGACCAGAACUACUACCAGCUGACAAUGAUGAAAGACAAGCGAUUGGAGAAGAAUCGGCCUGGUGCUCAGGAACUCGCCGACAGCUACAUGAAAAUUCUCAACGACGGCGCAAUCAAAUCGCCUUCUUGUCCGCAGUGAAAACAUGACAGUUUGACGGGACAUUUUUGCUUCCGCACAAUGAAGAACUAUUGAAAAGAUUAAUAAAAAUCAAUCAUCAAUAGUUGUUAGACUGGCAACUGGAAAUAUAGUUAUUGCACAGGAAUGAAGGGUCUUAUUCAUUUUUGUUCCUGCCAAGCUGAAAAAGUGUGAAGGGACUAUGGUAGGUGCAAGGGUAUAUAAGUGGGUUUUGUGGGUUUUGAACCUAAGUGGGUUUUGUCCUUAGGGUGAACUUAUGUUAUCCUCCCUAUUGCGAAAAGGGUUUAAAAUUUGACUCUAGAUAUAAAGUGCUGAUUUAAAUUACCCGGACAGAACAAAUAAACUUGAAAGUUAAAAUGCGUUUUUCUCACAUUGAGUUAAUUUUAGAUACCAUUUGAUGAAGACCAAUCUGCUUUAAGUUUUCACAGAAACAGUUUUUUGCAAUUUGUUUUGCAACAUUUACAAAAAUUCGCCCAAAAACUAUCAUAUUUGGCUUUUUUGGUCAAUCAAAAA